CGCAGGCAAUGGGGCGGAUGGCCAGAACCUCCGAGAUGAAGCUGAUCUCAUUGCAGAUCAAGCUGCCGUACAGCAUUGCGGGGCCCAAGUUGUCAAUUUCAUCCCACGACUCAACAAUCGCCUGAGUCCCUUCACUGUCGGCUGUCUAAUCAUGAACAAGACGAUUGGGAGCGGCAUCUUCACACAGCCCUACAACGUCGUGUCGGGGGUUGGGAACCCAGCAGCUGCCCUGCUGCUCUGGAUAGCAGCCGCCCUCAUCGUCUGGUGUAUUUCCAUCUGUUGGGUUGAGCUGGGACUCAGUAUUCCCCGUCAUAGAGUCGCUCAUCGCCACGUAUCGACACCGAAAUCGGGUGGUGACAAGAAUUACCUCGAGUACAUCUUCACAGUCCCCGACUUCUUCAUAUCUUGCGUAUAUGGCAUCACAUUCCUCAUCUUUGGGAAUCUCGCCGGCAACGCAAUCCAGUUUGGCGUUUACAUGCAGACGGCCAUCAAUCCAAACUGCCAGGAAGGCUGCAUGCGGUCUGGACCCGUUGUCGGUUGGGCCCUGGGCGUCCUGAUUUUCUGCGCGCUCAUCAACAUCAUAACUCCCAAAGGCUCUAUUCUCAUCAACAACAUGUUUGCCGUCCUUAAGGUGUCGCUGGUCAUCAUCAUGAUCUUCCUCGGUAUUGGAUGGAGCCUGAAAUGGGGCGGUGAAGGGUGUAAAAGCAUCAAGUGGGAGUACAAGGGCAAGGUGGGCGGAUUUGGAGAUGUGGUUCAAGCCCUUACCUUUGCCAUUUACCCGUCGACGGGUUUUGAACAGCCCUUUUACGUCCUCGCCGAGGUCAGACGGCCCAAGACACUGUUCGCGCCGACUGUCAUGUCGACCAUGGCACUGAUACUGGUGCUCAACCCUCUCAUAAACACGAGCUACUUUUGCGCCAACCCAUACCAAGGCAGCAAUAUCAGGUCUGGCCCAAACAGUCUGAACACAACCAACGCAGCCAUAAACUUCUUUUGGACCAUCUCUGGCGGCAGGGCCUCUGACGGUGGGCAGGGUCUCCUCCGUGGCGCAUCCGUCCUCUUCGCCCUCUCUAUCUUCGGCAACCUCUUGGCCGUCAUCUACACGGCACCCCGCGUCAAGCAAGAGAUCGCCAAGGAAGGCAUCCUACCCAAGUCCCUCUUCUUCGCCGCCAGCAAAGACAGCCUCCUCUCCCGCCUCUUCACCAAAAACCCCGCCGACAAGGAACAAGCACCUAUACCGGCUACAGCCCUGCAUCUCAUGUUUGAGAUUAUUUUGGUGUUGUCUGUCGGACUAAGUCUCGCCCCAGGUGAGGCCUAUAAUACGCUGACCUAUCUCUACACCUAUGUCAUCACUGGGAUUCUCGGCUUUCUCGCCGUCGUCGGCUUGCUGUAUCUCAAGGUGGAUGCCUGGCUCAAGCCACAGACGGGUCGCCGUUGGAACCAGAAGCGGGAGUACCGCCCGAUGCUAGAUCCCCUGCCCUGCAUCGUUGCUGUCGUAUCUCUGGGACUGGUUCUCUUUGGGGCCUUUGCAAAGACCUCGGUAGUGGUCACGGACGGACAGCCGGGGUGGCUGAAGCCGGCAGUGGGAUGGUGCGGGUUGUCGCUGGGGGUCAUUUGGUGGCUGGGGAUGGAGCUCCGGCAGUGGAAGGGCCAGUAUCGGAUCCGGAGGGAGAGAAUUACCUAUGUCGAGGCGGUUGAUGAUGCGGAUCCGGUGCAGACGGCUGAGAUGGUGAUUGUCGAGAAGGAGUAUUCGUCGCAGCAUCAUUGGCCGGCGGACAAUCUGUCGCAGCAGGGGCAUCGAGUCUUUAUCAGUGUCAUUCACUAGAGUAACACAAAAGGUUGGAUUCCUACCGUGAGCCUCACGAUAUUCUUUACCUGAAAGACGCCCUUCCACAGACGAGCGAAGAGACGCCACGCAUCUCAAGACCAUCCCGGUGAUGAGUACCAGUGUUCCA